AUGCUUUCUUCAUUUUUCAGGAAGAGUAAUUUGAAUAAAAAGAAGGUCGACGACUUAGAAGAGAAGGAGAAUAUACCCUUCUUAGAAGAAAUUGAAUAGAAAAAAAAGAAGAAAGAUGAUUAAAAUAGCACAGUGACUAAUAGGAAUAGUAAGGUUGAAUCAUCAUUACCUCUUCCUAAGGGUCAUGAAAAGUAUUCUGAAGAUGAUAAAGAUAAAUGUCCUUACUUUUAAAUGUAGAAGAAUACCGAGGAAAAGUUGGGUGAGGAUGGUAAGCCUAAAAAGAAGGAAAAAUAACCUAAAGGUGGUUGUCCUUUUAUGCCCUCUGAAAAGAAGAAGAACCCUAAUUUGGAUUGCAUUUCAGAAGGAUGGAAUGAAGAAUUUAUUUCACCUCAUUCAUAUUAAAUUGACUACAGAGGCUUUUUAUCUUUCUCAUUUGAUCAGCUUGAAAAGCCAAACUUUAAUUUGAAGGAAAAGAGAAAGGUCUUCGACACCUAUCCUGUAUAUUUAAAACACACGCUAUUUAUGAAUGAUGAAAAUAUGAAGAAAGUACGUGAAUUAGAAGUAGCUUAGCGUUUCUUUGUAUACGAUAAGUUGCGUGAAAAGGGUAAUAAGGAAUUCCAUAAAGGAAAUUAUGAAGAAUCUAUUUUGUACUAUGAAAGAGCUAUGAGUUGUUUCAAGUGGUUGCAACAUGUAGAAAAAGAUGAUAGUGAUGAUGAAGACGAAAAAAAGACUACAGCUGCUUCCUCCUCAAACUCAUCAGAUACAGAUAAAAAAGAUCUUAACGAUGACUAAAAUGAAGAAAAAAAAGAAAACCAUGAAGUUCAUGUUGAAAUGGAAGAAGAAAAUGCAGAAAAUGAUCCACUCUUUAAGGACCUACCCAAAGAAACUCCUGAAGAAAAGAAAGAGAGAUUAGCUCUAUUAGAAUAAGUGAAAAAGGAAAAAAAGGCUUUUAGAAAGAAAUACAAAGGAUUGAUGGUUACUUAUACAGAUGAUAAUGUAGUGCUUCAUGAUGGAGAAGACUUAACUGACAGUUAAGAUAUUGAAAUGAGAUAGAGCAUGUUAAUGACCAUCUAUAUGAGUUUAGCCGUUGCAUAUAUGAAAUGUUUCUACUUUAAAAUGGCAUAAAUAGCUCUAGAUGAUGCCUAUAAAAUUACACAAAAAAGUUCUUAAAUUCUAUUUAGAAGAUCAUAAGCUGUUGCUUACAAUAAAUUCAGUACUAUCAAGGAACUUGAAGAUGCCAAGAAAGAUAUUGAAACAGCUAUUGAAAUGAAGAGAUUUGAGAAAAUUUUCUAAUAAGAACAAGGUAUCUUGAGAAUUAUGAAUUUAUCUGAUCAUAAUGAAGCCUAUGUUAACCUUGCUCAUUACUGCGUUAAAAGAAUCAAAGAAAGAAGUGACUUUGAAACAGAAUAAAUAACUAUGCUAUUUAAAAGAGAAAAGCACAUAGAAGAAGUUGAAUAAAGAUUGAUAAGUGAAGGUAAAAUCCCAAAAGAUCACGAUGAUGAAUCAAGCUCCAAUUUUAUUUAAAUGAAUGAAGAACACCAAGAAUAUGAAAUCAUAUUAGAAAUGAUGAGAAAGUAUUACAGAGUUAUCGAAUUCUACACAGAAACUAAAAAACCUGAUCAAGUUAAGAUUGCAAAGAAAGAACUAUAAACUCUCUGUGAGACUGUGAAUAUAAUGAAUUAUUUAUUAAAAUUAGACUUUAAGGAGUACAAGAAUAAUGGUAUAAUGAAUAAACUAAGAGAAGAACUGCAAGUAGAUUUAGAUAAUGAAAAAAUUUUGAGAAGAUUAGACCGCCUUAGAAAGGAUAAAGUUAAAGACAUUUUCGAAAAUGGUAAUUAUAACUUUGAAGUAUUCCAGUAUGCAUUAAAGGAUUACUUCAAGAAGAAAGAAGAAAAGGAAUAAAGAGAAAAGGAAGAAAAUGAAUAAAAUGAAGAAGAAGUUCAAACUGGAAAGGUUUCACCAAUUAAAAAAUUAUUAAAUUCUAUCUUUGGAUGUGAAUUCUUCUUAUAAAUAUUACUGGUUGCUACAGUUUUUGGUUUAUUCUUUUAUAUCAAUUCAAAGGAUAACGUCCUUUCAAAUUUAAUCUUCACUAACAAAAAAUGA